GACGCCCUUAAAGGCAGCAUGUAGCACUGAGUGUGCGGGCAGUUAAAAGUCAACUUAUUUUUUCGCUAAAGUCGCCUUGUUUAUCGUUUGUUGUUGUUUUUUUCCAUUAGUCAUAUAGUGAAUGAGCAGCUACUCGCUGAUGUCCACGCUUGAAGAAGAGAAGGGGAGGAGGUGACAGUCGCUGCUGUUGUCGGUUCGAACAAAUCCCGGAACUAAAUUGGAGGAGUGGGAGAGGAGCUAACGUUAGCUAGCUUUUUGUUGACAGUGUGCGCGCUGUCAAAGCUGAGGCUGAGCGCCUCUCUAAAGUUCCUCUUCGUAACUGAGCGGAACACUUUGCCACUUGUAGUAGCGGCGUUCUUUUAGCUGUCUGCUGCACGUGUGUUUGAAGCGAAAUUAUAUUUAAGAAAAUAACUUUCAACCACUUGUAGCUAGAAGAUGGCAUCAAGAGGAGGCUUCACGGGUCCCCCGAUGAACCCGGGUGUUAACCCUAUGAAUGUGGGGCAUUCGGCGGGCAUGAGGAUGCCCGGACUGCCGCAGCCUCUAACAGGAUACCCCCGCAGCAUGAACCACUCUCCCCAGUACCUACAGCGCCCAGGGAUGCCACCUAAUAGGGUCGGGGGCUCCAUGGGGUCAAUGGGGGGUCAGCUGCCGGGUCCUUCUUUUGGUGGUGGGAACAUGUCCAUGCGGCCAGGCAUGGGGCCUCCGAGCAUGGAAGCUUCAAGGAAGCGGAUCCUCCAUCAGCAUCAACAACAGCAGCAGCAGGAGGCGAUGGGAGGAGGCCUCAGAAGAGGGGCAAAAAGACGUAAGAUGGCAGACAAGGUUCUUCCGCAGAGGAUUCGUGACCUAGUCCCUGAGUCCCAGGCCUACAUGGACCUCCUAGCCUUUGAAAGGAAACUGGACCAGACUAUUGCCCGAAAGCGCAUGGAGAUUCAGGAAGCCAUCAAAAAGCCUAUUAUGCAAAAACGCAAACUCAGGAUCUACAUUUCCAACACCUACACACCCAGCAAGCCCGAGGGUGAGGAGGCAGAGAAGGUGUCCUCCUGGGAGCUGAGAGUGGAGGGCAAACUCCUGGAGGAACCUGGCAAGCAGAAGAGGAAGUUCUCAUCUUUCUUCAAGAGCCUGGUGAUUGAGCUCGAUAAGGAGCUCUAUGGACCUGACAACCACUUAGUUGAGUGGCAUAGAAUGCCCACCACUCAGGAAACUGACGGUUUCCAGGUUAAAAGACCGGGUGAUGUGAACGUGAAAUGCACCCUACUGCUCAUGCUUGACCACCAGCCACCUCAGUACAAACUGGAUCCACUGCUGGCUCGUCUGCUGGGCGUGCACACACAGACACGGGCCAGCAUCAUGCAGGCUCUCUGGCUCUAUAUCAAGAACAACAAGCUGCAGGACGGUCACGAGAAGGAAUACAUCAACUGCAACCGCUACUUCAGACAAAUCUUUGGCUGUCCUCGUAUGAGGUUCUCUGAGAUUCCCAUGAAGCUGGCGGGUCUGCUGCACCAUCCUGACCCCAUCAUUAUCAAUCACAUGAUUAGCGUGGACCCCACGGAUCAGAAGAAGACGGCUUGUUAUGACAUCGACGUGGAAGUGGACGACCCACUGAAGGGCCAGAUGAACAGUUUCUUGUCCUCUACAACCAACCAACAGGAAAUUGCUGCCCUGGAAAUGAAGGUAAAAAUCCACGAGACGAUCGAGUACAUCAACCAGCUGAAGACUGAGAGAGACUUCAUGCUGAGCUUCAGCAAUAAUCCUCAGGAUUUCAUCCAGGACUGGCUCAAGUCCCAGAGUAGAGAUCUGAAGUUGAUGACAGAUGUGACUGGAAAUCCGGAGGAGGAGAGGAGAACAGAGUUCUACCAGGCGCCCUGGGUACGAGAGGCAGUGGGCAGAUACGUUUACUCCAAGGUGCAACAAAGAAGACAGGAGUUGGAGCAGGUGCUGGGGAUUCGUCUCACCUAAACACAUUCCAGAGGAGAUCCUGCCAACUUGGGAUAGCUCAGGUUUUUAAACUGUGGUUGUGUGAAGCACUGAAACAUAGCCAGUGCUGUGCAUCUUCCCUUUACCUUGAACCUAGAAUUUCAGCCUUGUAACAAAAGGCUCACCUUUAUAAGAUCUAUUGCGUAUAUGAGAUAAAUUCAGUUUAUCCCAUUAGACAACUAGAACCUGAACUUUGUGUUGCUUUGUGAACUUCUCCCUCUCCUGCACCCAAGGCCAUUGAGAAAAUGAGCAAUUUUACAUCA